CUACUUUUGUCUCUACGUGGAGGAGGCAGGACUGCGAACUGGACGCUGUCUGGAAUUUCAGGCGCACCGACAUCUCACCUUUCUCUGACUGACCAGCUCAGGUCAAUCACAGAAACAUGGCUGGAAAGUUAACAAAAGAAGACACAGAGGAGAUGAGGGAGAUCUUUGGAAAGAUUGAUCUGGAUGGCGACAAUUACAUUGAUGAUUGUGAGCUCCAUGUCCUCCUUAAAGAGUCCGGCCAUCCCCUAGCUGGAUACAAGGUUCGAGAGAUCAUUCAGAAACUUGAUCGCAACAAGGAUAAUAAGAUCAGCUUUGAUGAAUUUCUGGCGAUUGUCCAGGAGCUGAGGGGCAGUCAGGUAGCAAAAACUUUCCGCAAGGCCAUCAAUAAAAAGGAAGGCAUCCUGGCUAUAGGAGGGACGUCUGACCUGUCAAGCGAAGGCACACAACACUCAUAUUCUGAGGAGGAGCGAUAUGCCUUUGUAAACUGGAUCAACACUGCUCUAGCAAAUGACCCCGACUGCCAGCAUGUUUUACCCAUGAAUCCCAACAACGACUCUCUUUUCAAGUCUGUCAGAGAUGGCAUCGUCCUCUGCAAAAUGAUCAACCUGUCAGUUCCAGACACUAUUGAUCCAAGGACCAUAAGCACGGGAAAGGGAUCAGUGUUUACACAUCGGGAAAAUCUGAACUUGGCUGUGAACUCGGCCUCUGCUAUUGGUUGCCAUGUGGUGAACAUAGGUGCAUCAGACCUGAGCGAGGGGAAGCCCCAUCUGGUGCUCGGCCUACUGUGGCAGAUCAUCAAAAUUGGCCUUUUUGCUGACAUUGAACUUAGCAGAAAUGAAGCUCUGGCUGCUCUGCUGAGAGAAGGGGAAACCCUGGAGGACCUGAUGAAGCUGUCUCCAGAAGAACUGCUGUUACGCUGGGCAAACUUUCACCUGGAAAAUGCUGGCCAGCCAAAGAUAAACAACUUCAGCUCUGACAUCCAGGACUCAAGAGCCUAUUUCCACCUUCUGAACCAAAUCGCUCCAAAAGGCAUAGAGGAUGAUGAACCUUGUAUAGACAUCAGCAUGAAAGGCCUCAAUGAGCAAGAUUGCAUGAAGAGGGCGGAGCUCAUGCUGUGUCAGGCUGACAAGCUUGGCUGUAGACAGUUUGUCACUCCAACAGACGUGGUCAGUGGAAACCCCAAACUCAACCUCGCCUUUGUGGCCAAUCUAUUCAACAAAUAUCCAGCACUGAAGAAACCAGAGAAUGAGGACAUCGACUGGGGACUGUUGGAAGGUGAGACAAGGGAAGAAAGAACAUUCAGAAACUGGAUGAACUCCCUGGGAGUGAACCCACAUGUCAACCAUCUGUACGGAGACUUACAGGAUGCCCUGGUUAUCCUUCAACUCUAUGAGAAGAUUAAAAUCUGUGUCGAGUGGAACAACAAAGUCAACAAGCCACCUUAUCCCAAACUAGGAGCCAACAUGAAGAAGUUGGAGAAUUGUAACUAUGCUGUAGAACUGGGCCAUGAUGCCAAGUUCUCCCUUGUUGGCAUCGCUGGGGGUGACCUGGCAGAUGGCAAUCCCACCCUGACUCUGGCUCUGGUGUGGCAGCUGAUGAGAAGAUACACGUUAAAUGUACUGGAGGAUCUUGGUGCUGGACAGAAAGCAAAUGAUGACAUAAUCGUAAAAUGGGUGAACCAAACAUUGGCAGAUGCUGGUAAAACAACCAAGAUAUCAAGCUUUAAGGAUCGAGAGAUCAGCAGCAGUUUGGCAGUACUGGAACUGAUAGACGCCAUCCAACCAGAUUCCAUCAACUACGACCUGGUAAAAACUGGCUCCCUCAGUGAAGAGGACAAGCUUGAAAAUGCCAAAUAUGCCAUAUCUAUGGCGAGAAAAAUUGGAGCCCGUGUCUAUGCCCUUCCAGAGGACCUUGUGGAGGUCAAGAGCAAAAUGGUGAUGACAGUGUUUGCCUGCUUGAUGGGUCGGGGAAUGAAGCAGGUUUAAGAGACUCUCUGGGAUCAGUAUGACACUUACCAAACAACCCACAAGCCAUUGGCAUUUUAAACGAGCAAUAGCUCUCCCAACUGAAGGAAUAAAGAAAAAGAUUGUUAUUGUAUGAGAGUAACAUGAUUGUAUGAAGUCAAAAUUAGAAUUUGUGUGUAUCCUUGCCUCUUCUGGGGUGUUUACUGAAGAAUAAUGAGCUUUCCUCUUAUUUAAGUGAGUCCAAAAUACUAAAAAUUCCCAAAGAAAUUGCUCCCAUGCUAAAGGGCAACUUGUUACGUUCAAUAUGCCGACCUCCUGUUUAAUGUAUGAGAAUGCUGUCUUAUAAAGCGAAUGUGCAUAUUUCUAGCUGCAAGGCUGUUUACAUAUUUUUAUUCAGACUGAUAAGUAAAUUAUAUCCUUGAAUAAGAUACACACAUUCCGAAUACUACACUUAUCAAUAAAUGCUUGACAAGAUAAAAGAAGAAAUCAGAGAGGUGGUUGUUAUAGAUGAAGCACAGGUUGAGAAAUACCAAACUUAUCAAGUUACAAGCAUGUCUUAAUAACUGGCACUAUGAAUUCAUACAUAUCGCUAUGCAGAAGCCAUGCAGUCAAUUUCUACAAAUGAUCAGUCUGCUGUUCUCUCUGUAUUCUUGUUCUUGUCAUUUGUUUGUGUAUUGGGAUUAUUACAUAAGGUAAAUGCUGUUUUGGGGGGCUGUCUGGUCUUUGUUGUAUGGGACUUCUGUUUUGUUUCUGUCUGUUACGUUGGAUAAGGAGCUGGCUGACUGGACUCUCUCCUGCCAUCUUCUGUGCCUUCUUCUUUUCUCAAAGACAACGUAUAAAAGGGCUUUGAGGUUUCCUCUUUUAUCAUUGUACUCAACAUUACCAAAUAUAAGCAGUUGCUUCAUUCCAGGUAGCUAAUAAAUAUUCAGUGACAACGGCCAAAUUGUAUUUGGUAUCGUGUUCAUAUCUACCUUUAAGUGCUUUACAAUAAAUAUGUCUUUGAAAGCUAA